GGUCAAUAAUGCCAUCCCAUCUGAGCUGACAAGCUGUCACCAUUUUAAUGGUCCUUUAUUGGUGCCGACUCACAGAGGCCAUGUGAUAUACUGUAUGGGGGUGCUUGUAGCCUGUUGAUCAAACUGGCAGCUGCUCGUUUCCAGCUGUGAACGCUAGCCGCAUUCCGCCUAGCGUUGACCACUUCAAACCGAGUUCAAACCCUGAUACAACACAAUUCAGCAGAGAAGCUACCACCAACGACAGCUUCCCAAGGAGCAUAGCGUUUCCAUUUCAGCAUCUUAGUGUUCUUGCCAAGCAGACUUGGACCGCUUCUUUGAUCACUGGCAUACCCUUAUCCUUGUCUUGUGCAGCUAGUUUUAGGAAGCUCACCAGUACUAUCGCAUGCAGAGCAGCUGGCCAUCGCCACUUGAGCAGAUUAGUAGAUGCUGAAACUGCUGGCAGGUCAACGCAAUGGCAGCCUCGAUGGAAGGUCCGUCAAACGCGCUGAGAAUGGUGGGCACCUUUGUGCUUAUUCUGGCCUCUGCAAGUGUGGCUUGCAGCACCAAUUCUGAAGGGGGGUCUGUGAAUGGCAGCUGUGACUCCCAGGUCUAUGAUGAAGCGGCUAUCUCAAAGCUUGCGGUCCUGUAUGCGUAUGGCAUCGACAGCCUUGCUCCAGGCAACUUCGAUGCCGGGGUUGCAAUCCUGCAACAGGUAUUCACACCCAAUGCCAGCAUUGGCACGUGCUUUGCUCCGGGUCAGUGCCUAAACAAGACGGGGCCAGUCGAAUGGGCACAAACAUCUUCCGCUCUCUUUGCCGCCGGAAAUUACUCUGCAACACAUCACAUGGUAGGGAAUCAGCGAAUCGAGCUUGACGACAGCAAGCAGGCUGGAACGAUGGUGUCCUACCUGACCGCGUCGCAGUUUGUCAGGAACAGCACCAAUAUAGACCUGUACCACGGGGUUUACUAUGACGAAGUCGUGAGGGACAGUGGCGGAGAGUGGAGGAUCAGCACGCGGGAUUUGCGUACAACUAGCUUCCUGAGAAUCAUUGGACAUCGUGUAUCUUGAAUAGUGUCUUGACAUGUGCCAGUUGUAGAGAUGCCACAAUCAAGCAGAAUGGAACUAUCAGAUCGAAACUGCAAGGACAAGAGUUCAAGUCGGAUGUAAUUGCGCAAUCUGGCGACGUCCUCGAUUUAGAGAAGUCGCUGGGUCGCGCAGAAUGAGAAAGAAUCAUCUAAGAAGUGCGCGAAGUCAAUCUGAGUCGGCCAUUAUGCUACGAGUUCAACAACAGAACGUCUCCUUGUUUGGAAGUAGAAUCGAUCGCUUCCAGGGCAUGGAUUUUCUUUUUGUACGUCGAGCGUGUCAAUGAUGAUCCGGUCC